AUGAAUGGUUCAAUUCAUUCUGGUAGAUUACUAAAUGAAAGCUUCGAUUUUGAUGAUUUGGAUGCAUUUAACUUACUGGGUCAUAAUUUUGAAAAUUUUGCUGAAGCUGAUGAAUCAGGGUAUCACAGUGGUGAUCAGUUGCAGAAUGCUGCUGAUAGAGCAUUUCUUUUUGGAUUCAACGAGGCAUUUAAUCGUAUAGAGCACGGAAUUGAUGAAAUGGGAAAUGAGAAUCGGAUUCAUAAUGUUAACAAUGAUGAUUUAUUUGAUAAUUAUCAUUUUAAUAUACCCAUCAAUAAUGAAUUGCAUUUGAAAGCAAGCGGUUCACGAUCAUGGAGUCCACGUUCCAUACGUGAACGUCUUGGAAGAGAUUUUAUUGAAUAUCGACGACAUAGCUAUCCGAAUAUUGCUCGAGAUUUUGUAUAUCAACAAAUAGAUGAUGAAUGA